AUGGCGAGUCUAAUCGCCUUGGUCUUGUGGCUCUUCGCCUUGCAGGUCCUGGCCUCACCGUACGAUCCUCGCGAAGUCGACUACAACCUGAACACCGAUCGCGAUGCGAAGCAACCGCUGCAAUAUGCCGGCCAGUGGGAGGGUCACAAUUAUACGAAAUCUCCAGACAAUUGGCGGUUCCCAUUUUACACACUCUUCCUGGAUCGGUUCGUGAACGGCGACCCAACAAACGACAACAUCAAUGGAACCCUUUUUGAGCACGAUCCUUUGAGCACACUGUUCCGCCAUGGAGGUGAUGCGAAAGGUCUGACGGACUCCUUGGACUAUCUUCAAGGAAUGGGUGUGAAGGGAAUCUAUAUCGCCGGCACAAUUCUUCUGAGUUUUCCCUGGGCAUACGAUCAGUACUCGCCUUAUGACACGACGGUUUUAGACCACCAUUUCGCAACCCUAGCACAAUGGCAGUCGGCGAUCGACGAGAUUCAUCGCCGCGGCAUGUAUCUGAUGCUCGACACUACUGGAGCAACGCAAUUGUGCAGGAUGUCCGACCUACUCGCAUUCGACGGCUACCCCAACUCGUCCACGCCGUUCAAUCCGAAAGAGUACAAGGUAGAAUACAAGUCGGAACGGAGAUACCACGAUUUCAGCUUUGGCAACACAUACAACGAAACCUGCGAAUAUCCUCGAUUCUGGAACGAGUCGGGCCACCGCGUGCUCCCGGGCUCAAGCGAGAACUUUGACAAAGUUGGGCCUGGCUGCUAUGACAGCGACUUUGAUCAGUAUGGAGACACGGAAGCUUUCGGUGUAUUCCCGGACUGGCAACGGCAGUUGUCCAAGUUUGCAUCCGUGCAAGAUCGUCUGCGCGAAUGGGUGCCGUCAGUAAGACAGCGCAUAGAGCAUUUUGCCUGUCUCAUCAUUGGACAAUUGGAUAUCGACGGGUUCCGGUACGACAAAGCCACGCAAAUGACACCAGACCCGAUUGCGGAGAUGGCGAAAGCGAUGAGAACCUGCGCACGGAACUACGGGAAAGAAAACUUCUUCAUUACGGGAGAGAUCGCGGGAGGAAACAACUUCGGCUCCAUCUACCUUGGUCGCGGUAGAGAGCCUGAGAUGGCCUCGAAGAACAUCACCGAAGCUGUUUUGACCACAAAUGCCGACAGCGAGCGCUUUCUUCGGGAGGAAGGCCUGAAUGGCUUUGAUGCCGUUGCAUUCCACUACAGUAUCUACCGAACGCUUCAACGAUUUUUGGGUCUGGAUGGAAUCGUCUCAGCUGGAUACGACGUGCCUGCAGAUCUUGUUGAUACCUGGAAUGUUAUGCUUACUACAAAUGACAUGCUCAAUGCGAAUACAGGCAAAUUCGAUCCACGGCACAUGUGGGGCGCAUCUAACCAGGACGUUUUUCGCUGGCCUGCAAUGGUUGGCGGUCUCGAUCGAGGACUCCUCGGACUGUACGUGGUUACUCUGCACAUGCCCGGCAUUCCGCUGCUACUAUGGGGAGAAGAGCAAGCAUUCUACAUCAUGGACAAUACAGCAGAGAACUAUGUCUUUGGUAGACAGGCCAUGACAUCCACACCGGCUUGGCAGAUGCACGGAUGCUACAAGCUCGGUUCAUCACAGUUCAUCAAUUGGCCUCUGGACGAGGGUCUGCACGGUUGUAAAGAUGACACGGCAGCUUAUGAUCAUCGGGAUCCUUCGCAUCCAGUUCGGAAUAUCAUCAAGUCAAUGAACGCCCUACGAGAAAGGUAUCCAGUGCUGCGGGAUGGCUUCAACCUGCAGUCGUUAUCGAAACAGACACACGAGGUCGUGCUGCCCUACUCGGGAGGAACUCCAACAGAAUAUGGAAUGUGGAGCGUGGUUCGAAACCAGCUCGACGUUCUGGAAGCAGUUGGCAAUGGCUCCGUCUGGUUCGUUUACCACAACGACCCGUUGCCGGUGAACUACAGCUUUGACUGCACCAACAACGAUACCGCUCUACUUGCACCAUUUCCACAAGGCACCAAGGUCAAGAAUCUGCUUGCGCCGUACGACAAGAUCACCCUCCAAGAAGGACCCGGCAAGAAGUUGUUCAUCGACAAGUCCGAGGAGGCCAACGGAUGUGUCAAAGAAAUGAAGUUCGGACCAUAUGGGUACAUGGCUUAUGUUCCUGUCAGUGCGUGGACUGCUCCCGAACCUAUGCUGACGAAGUUCAUACCUGGUCACGAUGCGCGGCUGAACUCUUCUUCACGGGUCGCUAUUGAGCUUCGCUUUUCGACAGAAAUGGACUGCGACUCGGUGACUCAAGCCAUCAGCUUUACAUCCAAGACCGAUGGUGGCGCCACGCCAACAAUCGACAACACCACUAUCGCCUGCACGACCAUGGAAGCAGCAGAUGUGCCAACUUAUGGCGCCUACGUUCCGUCCACCUGGAGCUGGAAAGCGGAUCUGAUUGACGUUGCUGACGGCAUCCACAAAAUGACUCUUCGGGACGAAGCCACAACAGAUGGCAUCAAAGUCACUGCUGUGGACCACCUGCUCUUCCGUAUCGGUAGCCGGACGAAUCCCAUGGUGUGGACCAACGCCGCAAACUACACUCGCAAAGCAUACACAAAGCAGAGCGGAGAGCUGGUGUUCACUCACGAUGCGGCUGGAGCGGACAAAUUUCGAUACAGCACGAACUUUGGUUCUAGUUGGACGAACUGGACUGACUACAAAGGGGGGAAGACGACCAUCACUGAGUUACCAUGGUCCGGCACCAAGCUUCAAAAAUGGCACGGUCAUCAUAUCCAGAUGCAGUAUUGGAGCGAACUGGCUGGCAGUAGCUCUCACCUGCAGCAUGCCGAUGCCGACUGGCCAGAGAACAAGCCUCCCAGGUGGUACCCGCACCUGUUCGCCCAAGGUCUUUACAACUCUUUCGGAUACGAUGCGGGACUUCCAAACUAUGCUCAUCAGGACAAGGACGGGCUUUCGAAAUUCCACUUCUCCGCGGAAUGGCCAUCUGAGCUUCAAUUCAAUGUGUGGGGCAUGAAUCCAGACGGAGAGCCUGAUAAGACAUUCGUCUUUGGAGAUGUGAACAGAGACAAUGUCCUCGAUCGAAUGGUUCCACAGUCCCUGGCCGCACCUAUGAUCAACAUCUCCACCCAUCCCGCUGCACCUUAUCUGGCAUAUGAAGUCCAAGUUGACUCAGGCAGUCUACGGUACACACUCGUUCCGAGGGGCAGUCGAAUCGUGCAGAUGCUCUUGUUCGGCCUGCUUUGGACGCUUCCCGUCAUCUCAGCAAGUUUGGCCAUCUGGGCUUACAUGGGCUUCUUCUACAAGAUCAAGUUCAACGCGACAGGUAUCUCCAAGAAAGGCGUGGCUGGAUUUUUCGGCAACUUUCGCAAACGCCGAGCUGGAUUCGAGCAGCUGGACAAUGACAAAGACCGUACGGUUUCUGAGAGCCUGCCACUUACUGAGAUGAAGAACCGAUCAGUCUCAGACAAUUCUGUGGCGGCGACAUUGGCCGCUGCGGGCAAGAACAAACGAAGGACUGUACUGAUCGCAACGAUCGAGUACGACAUCGAGGACUGGAACAUCAAGGUCAAGAUCGGCGGUCUUGGUGUGAUGGCGCAGUUGAUGGGCAAGGCGCUCGGUGAGCAGGACUUGAUCUGGGUGGUUCCAUGCGUGGGAGGGAUCGACUAUCCCAUCGAUCGAAUGGCGGAGCCUAUGACUGUGACGAUCCUGGAGAAAGAGUAUGAGAUCCAAGUGCAGUACCAUCAGCUGCGUAAUAUCACAUACGUCCUGCUUGAUGCACCGGUCUUCCGACAACAGACAAAGGCCGAGCCGUACCCGCCAAGAAUGGACGACCUGGACAGUGCCAUCUAUUACUCCGCAUGGAACCAGUGCAUUGCAGAGGCUGUGAAUCGCUUUCCCGUCGAUAUUUACCACAUCAACGAUUACCAUGGCGCGGCGGCACCGCUUUACCUCCUUCCAAGAACCAUACCAUGCUGUCUUUCCCUGCACAACGCAGAGUUUCAAGGCCUGUGGCCAAUGCGAGGGAAGAAAGAACAGGACGAAGUCUGCAAAGCCUAUAACUUGUCUCGCGAGGUUGUGCAGAAAUACGUGCAGUUCGGUGAAGUAUUCAACCUGAUUCACGCCGCCGCGUCCUAUCUGCGCGUGCACCAGAAGGGGUUCGGCGCAGUCGGUGUGUCAAACAAGUACGGACCUCGCUCGUGGGCCAGAUAUCCAGUGUUCUGGCAGCUGAAAGCCAUUGGAAAACUGCCAAACCCCGAUCCUAGCGACGUCGAGCCGUAUAACAAAGAAGCGGAGAUGAAGCAGCUGGCGAACAUCAAGAUUGACCCUGCGUACGAGGCAGCACGAGGAGACCUUCGCAAGCAAGCGCAAGAAUGGGCUGGUUUGAAAGUCGACCCAGAGGCGGAGCUAUUCGUCUUCGUUGGCCGCUGGUCGGUCCAGAAGGGCAUUGAUCUUAUCGCAGACGUGUUUCCUGCUGUUCUCGACAAGCACGCCAACGUGCAACUUAUUUGUGUCGGUCCAGUCAUUGACUUGCACGGGAAAUUUGCCGCCUUGAAGCUCGAGCAGAUCAUGAAGAAAUAUCCGGGUCGUGUCUACUCUAAGCCAGAAUUCACCGCACUACCGCCCUUCAUCUUCAGCGGCGCCGAAUUUGCCUUGAUCCCCAGCAGAGACGAGCCGUUUGGACUCGUCGCUGUCGAGUUCGGACGAAAGGGUGCUCUCGGUGUUGGUGCACGAGUCGGCGGCCUUGGUCAAAUGCCAGGAUGGUGGUUCACCGUCGAGAGCGACACGUCCAGACACAUGAUGCACCAGUUCAAGGCUGCGAUCGAGGAUGCCCUUUCGUCCGCUCACGAUGUGAGAGCUGACAUGCGAGCUCGGUCGGCCAAACAACGAUUCCCGGUCGCGCAAUGGGUCGAGGAUCUUGAGAUAUUGCAGAGCGCAUCGAUUCGGAUCCACGAGAAAGAACGCCGGUCAAGCAAGGUCGUUCAAAGACAAUCAGGCGCAGGUUUGGAAGUGCUCAUUCCGCCGAGCAGGAAUGUCAGCCAGGAACGUCUUUCGAUGUACGAAGCAGAAGACGAGGACACCAUAGGCCCGCUACCGACCCAAGGGGAAUCUGGCAGUUCGGCUGCCUCAGGUGGCCUGAACCGAACGCUCUCCCUAGGAACCCGCGCUGGACCCGGUCAUCGUCCAUCCCGCCUGCGGCUGCUAGUACCGCACGACGAUGGAGCCGAGGACGAGAACGAGAACAUGGAAACCACCGGAAUCCUACGUGACUUUAACGAUCUCGACAACGUUGUACCACGCACGAUGGCAAGACUGGAUGAAGAGCGUGGGAGAUCAACUCGAAAGGUCACCCCGCGGAUCUCUGUCAUGGAUCCUACACCCAUCGAUCCCCGUCCGAUGAACCUCAGCCGAGGGGGAGGAUCCCAAACCAGAUCUCCAAGCCCAACCUCUGGCUCAGCAUCGCCGGAUCCAGGUCUGGGACUUUUCCCGUUGCGAUCUGCGAAUGCCUCUCGCUCGUCUUUGCUCAGUCUUGACGAGGUAACGCACGGUCGCAGCGACUACAACCUCCAAAAGAUCGAGCUGAACUUCACUGACAAGACUGGAGAAUACUACAACAAAUUUCAGUCAAUGUUGGAGAAAGAUCUCAACGCCAAGACCUCCGAGAGCUCGCUCGCCAUCGAAGACUUCUUGAAAGAGAGCGAGAAGGAAUGGGCCGGCAGAUAUCGUAACGCAAAGCUGGGUCGAUCACCACUUGCAAGUCGUGGACCGUCGCCAGCGCCCAGCAGGAGUAGUUCUUCUGAUUCAUCGAGGCGCUCGUCGAUGAGCCACCAGGACUUCCAUGCCUCGACCGCAUAUGAGCCUUCGAACAUGGAGGACGAAUUCUUGAUGAAAGAAGGUUACGUGCGACCUUCGAUCUUGAAACGCUGGCUGCGGACGAGGGUGAUGGACUGGCCAAUUUACAGUAUAUUCUUGGCCAUCGGUCAGAUCAUGGCCGCCAACUCCUACCAGAUUGUGCUCAUCACGGGUGGCACCCACGGAAACGAGACACUCAGGAUCUAUAUCGUCAGUUUGAUCUAUCUCGUCGCAUCCUUGGUCUGGUGGUUCGUGUACCGAAGGCUGAAGCCACGCUUCGUCUUGUCCAUUCCGUUUGCGUUGUACGGGCUGGCAUUCACUAUCAUUGGACUGGCACCAUUCAUCCCCCAAGGAGUUGGAAGAGACUGGGCGCGCAACGUGGCGACUGCGUUGUACGCCACGGCGUCCGCAAGUGGUUCGCUCUAUUUUGCUUUGAACUUUGGCGACGAAGGUGGCGCUCCAAUCAAAGCCUGGGUCUACCGUGCCUGUCUCAUCCAAGGAUUCCAACAAAUCUACAUCGUCGCCUUAUUCUACUGGGGCCGCACAAUAUCCGAAGCAUCCGCUAGAGGAAUCGAUGCGCGAAACAUGUAUGCAAACAAGCCUAUCCUGGCGGCCGCUUCACUGCCCGUUGCAGCAGUGCUAUUCGGCAUCGGACUCCUCCUAUUCACAUCUUUGCCGCCAUACUAUCGCCAAACGCCCGGAAAGAUCCCCGAGUUCUACCGAUCUCUGGCCCGACGCAAGCUGAUCAUGUGGUUCCUUGUGUCUGUCAUCCUGCAGAACUACUUCCUUUCAGCACCAUACGGCCGCAGCUGGGGCUACCUCUGGAGCUCGACUUACGCACCCAAAUGGGCGAUCGCGCUUCUCGUACUCGUCUUCUUCAUCGGAGUCUGGACCUUGAUCCUCCUCAUAUGCGCACAGCUCAGCAAGUCUCACUCCUGGUUCCUGCCGAUGUUCGCCUUUGGUCUGUUAGCUCCCCGAUGGGCUCAGAUGUGGUGGGGUACAUCUUCUUACGGCCUCUGGCUGCCUUGGGUGCCCGGUGGACCAGUCGCCGGUGCGCUCGCCGGUCGAUCGCUCUGGUUAUGGCUCGGUGUUUUGGACGCUGUUCAGGGCGUCGGCAUCGGUAUGGCGCUGCUGCAGACUCUGACUAGAAUCCAUGUUGCCGUGGUGUUGACCGCGGCGCAAGUUCUGGGAGCGGCCAUCACAAUCCUUGCCAAAGCUACUUCGCCGGACAGAAAUGGUCCAGGCCCAGUGUUUCCUGAUCUCUCCGCUGGCGUGGUAGCUGGACUAUCGCAGCCCUGGUUCUGGAUUGCACUGGCGUGUCAGCUGGUCAUUCCAGUGGGAUACUUUUUCUUCUUCCGGAAGGAGCAGCUGAGCAAGCCUUGA